UUAUAAAAUAAAAUAAUAAAGAGCUGAGGAAAUGGGAUUGUAGUUUGUUCGGUCUGAGAAGAACACACAGUUUGAUCGAUGAUGGAAACGUUGGCCACAUCUUCUUCUGCAACUCUUCCAUCUUCUUCUUCUCCCUUUUCCAUUUUCCCUUCAAGAAGAACUUCCCUUUAUCCUCCCAAGACUCUCCAAUUUCGUUUACCCUCCUCCAAGCGUGAUGAUGCUUUCGAUUCAGACUCCAAAGAAAAAAACAAGCUUCCAAUUCUUAGUGAUCGCUGCCUCUCUCUUUCCCCUCUUUCCAAAAAAUUGUGGGGUCAGGAUGCUGCGAUGGGGCUGGUGCUGAGUGCUGCGACGGGCAGAGGAUGGACCACGGGUUCAGGGAUGGAAGGCCCCUCUGUUCCUGCAGUUGGUAGGGAUAGCGAAUCGGGGACGGGGAACAUCUCCACUUUCCCUUGGUCUCUCUUCACAAAAUCCCCUAGGAGAAGGAUGCUGGUGGCUUUCACCUGUACCAUCUGUGGCCAGCGAACCACACGGGCUAUUAAUCCCCAUGCUUACACUGAUGGCACUGUUUUUGUGCAGUGCUGUGGAUGCAAUGCAUAUCAUAAGCUCGUGGAUCACUUGAACCUGUUUCAGGAGACAAAUUGCUAUUUAAAUUCAAGUUUUAAUUAUAAAGGAGAAGGAUGGGAUGAUCUUAAGUUCAGGUAUAUGGAUGAUAACGACGAUGAUGAUGACAUAUUCCCCCUUGCAUAAGUGAAUUGCCUGUGUAUGGAGCAUAUACUCUCUGCCUAAUCAUAUGGAAGUUCAGUUUAGAUGUCUUGUAUAUUCUUUAGGUUUUCAUGCUUUAUAGUGAAAUUUGUCAGAGACUUGUAUAGUAACAUGUUUAUACUUAGCUUUGAACUCAUUUGUAUGAUCAUAAAUUUCAUAAUGUACAAGACAUUACAUCAAUAUUUCCUUUGCUUUACAUUCUGUGAAA